CAGUGUGGGGAGGUGCAGCCCGUGUGCAGGGAGGGGGUGGGGGCACAGGCAGGGGUAUAACCGGGCUGAGCCGCGCUGCUCCCGGCCCCGCCGCAGAGCCGCUCAUUCAAAGCCUUGUCCCAGGUCCCAAAAGCUCCCGAGGUGGGAGUUCCUGAGCCCAAAUACUCCCAAAACUUUUCCAUUCUCAGCUGUGAAGUUCCCUAAAGUGAACCUUGAGAAGAGGACGCAGGAGGCAGGAACCGAGGACAUGGCAACAAGAGUUGGUGUCGUGCUGGCUGCGUGCGAAAUUAUUUAUAGAGCUGCAGGAUGGGUACUCGAAAGACGAAGAGAGAGAGAGAGGGAGAAGACCACAAAGCUCCUGGACUCCAAGCUGAACGAGAACUUCCUUUACCUCAGGAAACAAAUGGAACCUCUAAAAAGAGUAUUCAAAAAAUUACAGGAAUUCAAACCCUCUGAUCUUGAGCUCCUCAGAGCAGACCUGGAGAAGAUACCAGGAAAGAAAAAGGAGGAAAUUGCAAGGGCCCUGGAAUCCAGGUUGCAGAAGAAGCUCAAGAAUCUCUGUCGAAAAACUGAAGAUCUGGAAGAGUAUGUACAUAAAUGGCCGGAGUCCACGAAGCUUGAUCUUGAGCGCCUCAGAGCAGACCUGGAGAAGAUACCAGGAAAGGAGGAGGAGGAAAUUGCAAGUGCCCUGGAAUCCAGGUUGCAGAAGAAGCUCAAGAAUCUCUGUCGAAAAAUUGAAGAUCUGGAAGAGUAUGUACAUAAAUGGCCGGAGUCCACGAAGCUUGAUCUUCAGCUCCUCAGUGCAGACCUGGAGAAGAUACACGGAAACAAAGAGGAGGAAAUUGCAAGGGCCCUGGAAUCCUGGAUGGAGAAGGUAUUCCAGCAUCUCUCUCAAAUAAUUCAAACUCCAGAAGAAGCUUUGGAAGAAAUUCAAACUCCAGAAGAAGCUUUACAGAAGAGGAAGGGGUUCUGAAAGCAUUAGCUCCAGCUCCUCACAGGAGACUUGGAG